GCACUCUGGGAAGUGUAGUCUGCGCUUGCGUCGUUACCGCUGUGAGGCUGGGGGCUGCGGGCGGAAGCGAGACCACCCCUCCCGGGAUGCGAAGCGCCGGACCGACCCAGACGAGCCAACUCUGCGGUUCUCGGUGUAGCGAGUUCCCCGGCCCCGCUUCCUGUCGUGUAGAACUGGGCCGCUGUCCCCGAGGGUCUCGAGGGUCUCGGUGCAGCCUCCAGCCAGAGCCGCACCGGAAGCUGGGUGGGCCAGGGAGUCGCGAAGCUGAGUUCCGCCAUGGCGCUCCAGACUGUACCCACAGGUGCCCAUCAGCUUCAAGGACUUGGCCGUGCGGUUCUCUGAAGAGGAGUGGCGGCUCCUGCAGGAGGGGCAGCGGGAAUUCUACAGAGACGUGAUGCGGGAAAACUACGAGACGUUGGUGUCUGUGGGGACCUCUGAGCUGCUUCCUCUCUCUGCUUUCCUGUCACCUGCAGAGGCUGGAGGAGCCACAUCAGGAGAGAGCCACCAGGAUAAGGGACAAAAGUCCCAUUUGGAGCAUAGUUCCCAGGGAGAGCAGCCUCAGCAGAGCCUACACCUCACCGCAUUAGUGCAGCUGGUGAAGGAGAUUCCAGAGUUCUUGUUUGGAGAAGUGAAGGGUACGGAGGACUACUCCGAGAGUGGGAGCACCAGUCUGGAUGGGGAGCAAACGAGCCCCGAGGUAGCUGUGGUUGUGGAAGCUUGCCCUCCCCGAGGCCUGCUCAAUUCUCUUCCGGAGAGCCCUGCAAGCCACCCCAGCCUGGCCACCACACCCACAGGCAGCUCAACGUCCAGUGGCCUUCCUGGAGACUGGGCACACGGAAGCCCCUUACCUGCUAUAGGAACAGAUGAUAAGCCACUGUCUAUAGAGAAGGAAGGUGUAGGAGCCUCGGGAGAGACCUCCAUUCAUUCCACUCAAAGCCUGGGCCAGAGCAAGAGUUACCUAAGACAGGAAAGAGGCAGCAUGGGAACAGGAACCCUUCCUGAGAACAGUCCAUUGCAAGGCCUCAUCAACUGUUUGAAGGACAUCCUUGUGCCCAGACCCCAGCACCGGGGGACGGCCCUGGACUUGCCGCCUUCUCUCCCUGGCUUGAGUGUGUUGAAGCAGACGGGAGCUGAGGUAGAGGCUGGGAACCUGCCCUGCCCGGUGAAGACAGAGGCAGCAUCCGGGGAUUGUCCCCUUCAGGGCCUGCUGAACUGUCUGAAGGAGAUCCCAAAAGCCCCAGACCGGCGUCCCAGCCCCUCAGGAGCAUCAGACUUGCAGCUGCAGGAGGACCCAGGGAAAAGGCAUCCUGGAGGGAUGAGACACCUCCAGACUCCUCCUCCCCACCCUAGUCAUGAAGCUGGCAGUAUGCUUACCACAGUGAAGGUAGAAGAUGGCUGGACCCAGAGUCCCCCGGUGCCAGCAUCCUGCCAGCUUAGCAGGCAAGGCUACAGCUCCUCCUAUUCCACUGGAGACAACAGAGAGGUCCGUGUGCCCCGCUGGGGCCCCAUGACUCUAGCCAGCAGGGCCUCAAGCUCACCCCUAGAAGCUCUGGAGGCCUGUCUAAAGGGCAUUCCCCCAGGUGGGUCAUCGCCUCUUCAGUCACUAGCCAUCUCAUGGUCCAGAAGUCCCCAGCCAGGGGAUGCCGGGUCUCAGAGGUUUGAGCUACAGCAACAAGGAUCUCACAGUGAAGAAGCUACAAGGGAGCCACUUCUGCCUCUGAGCUUGCAGGGCUACAUGAGAGAAGGACCUGGGAUUCAACCCUGUGGAUCCCAGGGUACCCCUACCAGCUACUCCUCAGCCAGUAGCAGUGAUGGGGAUCUAGAUUUCAGGAGCCCCAGGAGCAGCCAGGGGCAACGGCUUGGGAAAGGCUAUCCACCAGGAAGCUCUCCACUCCAAGGCCUGGAGAACUGCCUGAGAGAGAUCCCUAUUCCCAGGCCACAGGCUGCCUGGCCAUGCUCCUCAGCUGUCAACAGGGGAUUGAAGAGAACAGAGCCCAGGAACUGGACUGGAGACAGAGAAGGACUGAGAGGUGAGGCUUCUGAGCCACCCCACCUCAGACAGCGUCCUGGAGAAGUACCCAGCAGGAGUCUGCAUCGAGACAGUCCACAGACCUGUACUCCCACCUGCCACCAAGUGACCACCAGGCCAGGAACGUGGCAAUGGCCACAAGAGGAGACAGCCACCACGCCCUCCCCUCUGCACCGCCUGGAGAACUCUCUGAGGGGGAUCUUGCCCGUGAGGCCCUUGCGUUUCACCUGCGUGACUGGCCCUGGCCCCAGUCCCAGCCCCUGCUCCAGCUCCAGCUUCAGCAGCUCUGAUGGAGAAGACCUGAGACCAGAGCCUGCGUUUUGGCAGUCACCCCUCCAGCAGAAAGACCAGCCUCCCUCCUGUAAGGACCCUGGUCGUCUGUGCCCUGUCUCUGGCGCAUCUCCAAGAGUCAACAACAAUAGCUGUCUUGCUGAAGACGCUGAGAGAACAGAGCCCAGGGACUGCAGCAGCCUCAGUGCAGACUUUGUUUCUACAGGAAGAGCAGAAGAGAAGUCCCACCCAGCCAGAAGAGAAGAUGGUGCAGAGCGGCCAUGCCAGCCUGGCCCUGUGACCAAUGCCGAAGGAGAAGGAAAAGGAGUGACAGCUGGGCACCUGUGGCCUGCCCCUCAGCUGGAGGAAAAGCCUGAGCCCAAGGAGACUGAAGAUGCCAGGGGCCUGGCGCCUGGACGCAGACAGCCCAGUGCUGCAGCCAGGACCCAAGGGAAACUGCUCUCUGGGGACCCUCCGGAGUCACCUAGCAAGUCUCCCCUUCCCACAACUGUCUUGUCAAAAUGGUCACCCACUUCUCUUCAGCCACCGUGCCCCUGUGGCAGGUCCUUGCAGCAGGAGCUGCAUAACCUUGGUACUGCUCUCACGGACAAGCUAGACCGGCUUGCAGCAGCCUUGGCAGGCCUGACUCAGGAAGUUGCAACCAUGAAGACCCAGAUGGAUCAGCUGCGAAGGCGCCCACGGAGCCUUGGACCAAAAGGUCAGGGUUCCUGGCGGUUGGCCCUCCCCCAGAGACCCCGCUGGGCAAACAGACUGGACCACAGACAUCUACCCUACUGGAGACAGAAGGGCCCCACCAGGCCCAGACCAAAGAUCCUGCGGACCCAGGCAGAAGGCUGCAAGACUGGUGACCGCCCAGGACUCUCUAGAGGGAAGGGCAAUUUGGUGCCUCAGCUGCCUCCAGAGGCUUCCUUGGUAGAAUCUUCCAGGCCCACCUGUAGUUCGUCCCAGCAGAUCUCCUCUAGGCCUGGAGGCCACACUGUGCUGACUGCACAGCCUCCUCUGGAGCACACUGGAUGCCACCAGAAUCCCCUCUCCCCUUCAGUGCCUACUUCUGUGCAGGUCCCCCUUGUGGCCUCACCUGCAACCAGUGCAGACACAGAACCUCCGGCUGCUAGAGUGGCAGCCAUCGGCAUUCCAAACCAGCCCAAGGAACCUGAUGGCCUGCUAGGGGAAGCCCUCAGCAAAGACCUCUGGGGAGGUGACCACAGGGAUCCAAGGUGGGGGGCCCAUUAACUGUGCUGUUUGUCUGCUCAGCCUUGCUGGAGAUUCUGGGUGGCAGGGAUGUCCUGAUGGGACCCUCUGGAGUCCAGCCAUCCCAGGCUGUCUGCUUUCCAGGGGUUAUAUCUUCCUUCUUACCUGUUCAACCAGCCCUCUCAUUGCUGCUGCAAGUCUGGCUCUUUGCCUCAGCUGUGCCAGGCCUCCAUGGUGUCUGCAUAGAGCCACGAUAGAGGCAUUCCUCAGCCGUACCUCUGGCUUUCUUGGCUCAGGUUCAGUCAGUUACUCUUCCUCCUUGGCAAAGCCAUCUAGGACCAGGUGGGUGUCAUGCAUACCGCAUGUGCACAGAGCCAGCUGCAGAGGGCACCACAAGGGCACCUUAACCUGCUCCUGAUCUCAAGAACGAUACAUGGCUAGCCUUUGUCUGUCUGUGGACUGAGCUGAAUUUACCCACAUAGAUUCUAAAAUUAAAUGUAUUAGUUGCUAAGUAAAGGCCAUUGGGUUCUGUGCUCAGAGGGGACAACACUCUGGCAUGGUUGCCUGGAUUGUCACUAGUACAUUUGAACUAGGCAGCUGGUGUUCCCCUCUUCGACACACACCUCAUGAGAACUGAGCAUGUGUAGUACAGCUGGGGACAGAGUGCCACAAGGCCUCUGGGGAGAGGACUGCGCAUGUGUCGGUCUCCUGGACUUAGUCUGGGCAGCUUAGAUCAGGGGUCCCAAAUCUCGGGCCUGCCAGGCUUGGUUCUGCAGGGGACAUUUGGCUCUGCGGGGGCUGUUUUCAUGCUCACAUGCCAUCUCCUGGGAGUUUUUUCUCUCAGUGCCCUCAUACCAGGACACAGGAUGUUUUAAGUGGCGCCCAUUUUCAUUUAAACUUAAGAACAUCACAUUCUGAAGUGCUGGGGUGGGGGGCACUUUCCCCUAGUGCCCGGUGUCAGCCUUUUCACAUCAUGAGUGUUGUCAUCCAGAAAGUUUACAUUCAAGAACCAGACAGUUGAGAUUUAAAAAAGAAAAAAAGUCGGGAAAAAAACCCUGUUUUCAGUAUUUUACAAGUUUGUGUUGGGUUGUGUAUAUCACAUUCCUCAGCUACAUGUAGGUUAGUGGGCUACAGCCCGGCUGUGCCUGUUAGGAUUGAACAUAAACAGGGAGGGGAGUACCAUCUAGCUCAUAACACACACCCAAGACCUCGGCCAGUCUGGGCUGACUAGAUGUCACUCCAUCUGCUUCUGCCCUGGGGAGAUGCUUGGCGCUCUGCCACCGCUGGCUACCCUGGAUUUACUCACUUUGUAUCCCUCAGGGUUGUCCCUUUUGAACCUAAGGCCUUUCAGGAGCUGUCUAUACCCAUAGGAGCUGGGAAGGCCAGCGCCUGGGGCUGCCUGCUGAAGCUAAGGGUGACAUGGCCCUGUCCUUGACAACCACAAGCAGUUUCAACCACAAGCUACUUUACCCUGUGACACACUAAAGUAGUGGUCCCUGGAGAUAUCCAGGGCUAGGCACCCCUCAGGUAACCAUGCCUAGGGUGAGUGUGGAUUAAACAGACACAGCCACAAAAGAGAACAGGUCUUAGAGCAGUGAUUCUCAAUCUGUGGGUCACAAAGGAUCCACCCUUUGAGGAUCACAUAUCAGAUAUAUUACAUUUUGUAACAGUAGCAAAACUUGUUAUAAAGUAGCAACGAAAUCGUUUUAUAGUUGAUGGUCACCUGGUUGUAACAUUAAUAAGAUUGAGAACUGUUUUAGGGACUAAAGCACUCCCCAAGAAGUCUGCCUAGACUAAUGUAAGCUGUGCACAGGACAUUGCCUGGAACAAGUCUAGCUCACUGCCUUCAUGUGAAUCAAGUGGCUGCAGCUUCCGCUUGAAAGGAACGGCAGCUGCAGCUCCAGGCAGUGGGGCAGGGCUGGUGCUUCUAGUGCCUGUGGGCAGGGAUAAGACCCGGGUCCGGAGCAGAGAAGAAGCGUUCAACUUCAUAAUCCUACUUGGAAGACGUGGGUAGUCUUAAACUGGGGACUGGUCAGGUAUCCCUGGCUAGGACCGGAACUUCGUCCUUUCUCUUCUAAACAUGAGACCAUGCUAUAAGUCAGUGAAAGGGAUGGCAUGUCUGUCUACCUUGCUAACAGCCAGCACAAGUGACCAAACAGCAUUGUAGGAGAGUUGCCAAGGCCUGUCAUCUCCUGGGUGGUAAGUGCUUCCCUUGGCUGUGCCUGCUUAGAACAAAUAAAGGCAGUUGGGACCGAACUCAGCGUAAGUGAUUCAGAUCCAACUGGACAGUCAUAACAGGUUUAAAGAAACAUUUAGUCUAGCGCAUGGGCCACUGAGUGAACCCUAUGGAUUUCUAUGGUGUCGGCUAUGUCACCACUACACCACUGGAAGGUCUCGAAGGACCUGCUACUGUCACAGCUGUUAAUCAGCCUUCUGGACUCACUGGGUCCUGUUCCUGACAGGACAGUUCUGGGACAACCUGUUCAAACUCAGUACAGGUUUGCUGGCCAGGAGUUAAGGACCAGAGUUCUAUCCUCUUACUGAUCUGGGAAGUGGCUAUAAGCCACACCUGAGUGGGGACUUCUUCCUCAUAUCACCCACAGGGCUAAGAGGGUGAGUCCUGCUCACUCUGCAGACUGAUGGAAGGCUGAAGGAGGUAGGCGGCCCCAGGGACCUUCAGUGACCUCCGGCCAUACCCUGCAAGUCACUGUUCACCCCUGGAGCAUCUCCCACUGGGGCAGACUUGGCUCUGGACUGGCUUCUCUGGAUCCUACAUGUGGCCCUGUAAAGUUGUGGGAUUGCAAGGCUUCCCCUCCUAAUCCAUCUUGCCAGUUCCCGGUCCUGGAGGCCUGCGCCCAUUUACACGGUGUUGGUGGCUGGCUCAUUCACAG